UUUCGCGUCAACGACACGCCUCUUCCGGUUAGAGAAACGAGCGUGGAAAAGAAGAAAACCUGCACCCAAAGGCGACCUUUAUCUCACUCCGGCGGAACGACCGACGGCGGGUUCGGAUGCCGAGUUAGCCCGGUUCGGUUGGAUGCGCUCAGCAUGGUCAAGUGUGUUGUUUCCGGCUGUCGGAACCGGCUGCUCAACGGCAACCGGGGCGUCUUAAGCCGACCUCUGAAGAGGUUCUUCCCGUUCCCAAAAGACCCAGCAAGGGUCAAGGUAUGGCUGGCUGCGCUGCGAGAGACGGACAAGCAGGAAGCGGCGGAGCAGCACUUGAUCUGCGAGGAGCAUUUCCUGCCGGAGGACAUCUCCAGAAACGGCGUCAACAGCGACGCCAUCCCCAUCAUGCCCCCCUAUCUGGACGGACCCCUCGGCGACAUCGGCACCUGGGGAGCCGAGUCGUCCGAGGAGGACGACCAGUGGGGCACCGCGGGUGGCGACGAGGAGGAUGAGGAGGAGGAAGAGAUGGAGGAAGAUGAAAGUGGAGCCCCUGUGAGACCUCCUUCUCCACAACCUCCUCAGCAGGUUCUAAGUGAACCUGUGCAUGUUCCUCCCAAGGUGAACACACCAAGUGUGGACCUUCAAUCCAAAGAGGAUCUUCAGACAGAGAAACCAUACAGAAACGACGUGUCGCUGGUGCUGCUGACGCGCCGCCUCCUGGAGCUCCUGCUGUUGUCUCCAGACAGCUGGCUGGACCUCCACCAGGCGGCCAGCAGGCUGCAGACCGGCAAGUGUCAGGUCUACGACAUCAUCGGCGUGCUAGAGAGCCUCAGUGUGGUCCAGAGGAGAUCCAGGAGGGUCAAGUGGAUAGGACAUUGUCCAAUCUCACACUUCCUGUGGAAGACUGAGGCUGAGUUCAGGAAGGAACUGGAGAGCUUGAAGCUGGAAGAGAGCACGCUGGACGGCCUCAUUAAAAACUGCGCACAGCAACUCUUUGACAUGACGGACAACGAAGAAAACGCAAUGGCGGCCUACAUUACACACGAGGACGUCAGCCGGCUCACUCCCUUCAAGGAGCAGACGGUGAUCGUAAUCAAAGCGCCGGAGGAAACCAAGCUGGAGGUCCCGACGCCCACACAGGACAACAUCAAGGUGCACCUGAAAGGUGGCAAGGGUCCCAUCGCGGUGAUGACGUGCGACUUGGGCACGGGCGGCGUGCCAGUCAAGGAGGAGAUGAGCGGUUGCUUCAUGACGCUGGAGGAAAGUCGCAUACAGACGCAAACGUUGCACACGCACAAGACCGCCCAUUAAGAGGAGAAAUCCUUUUUUUUUGUGGCAGACAUUCGAGAUAUCAGAGGGGAGACGAGCCAGCUUUCUUGCUUUUAUAAACAAACAUUCACCACUGGAGCUAAAAAAAAAAAAAGGAUCUGAGGAGAAACACCAGUUGCUCUACAUUUUUGUUGUCAUGACAUUUUUUGUGUCAAAAGUUAAGUGUCAUAACCUGAAUUUUAGGAAGUGUUGUCACCUUGCCGGCUACAAAGAGGCGCUAGUUGUCUUCACGGCAAUGCUGGGAAAUUGAACCGAAGCCCUUUACAGGUACCAAGUUGGGAUUUUUUUUGGAUUUUUUUUUUUUUUGUAGCGCUUCAGGGAAUGUUGUCACGUGUUUCAAGAUGCCCAUUUUUUUACGAGGAAUCUCUUCAUCAUCAGACUGACAUGCGUUUCACAAACUGCUUUCCGUGACAUUUGUACUUUAUGAUCGGCAUAUAUUUCAUUUCAUUUUGAUAAAGAUGCUGUAAAUAAAACGAUAAACCCCAA